AAAACAUAAUAUCAGCACUUUCUGUUGAUUAAUUAAAACAGAGGUUGAAUCUCCACAAUACUAAAAAUUGCAAGGAAUAAUAUACUUCCUCUAGAAGACGAAUUUUGGGUUACGAUUGGCGCUAAUAUAUGAACCUGUGCGUUACUAAUGCUCAGAGUUAGUGGACUUUCUUUAGUCUGUCGGAGAAGUUAUGGGUUGUGGGGUUUCAUCUAUCCUAGAGAAAGCCCAGCUGUUAGACUAUUUUACAAGACAUUGAGCCUUCUUGGGAUACCAGUUGGAAUUUUAACAGUUUAUAUUGCCUUGAAAAAUGAGCAUCAUCAUGAAGAAGAAAUGAAAGAAAAGGAGACAUUCAUUCGUGUUUUUCCCAGAGAGAUAAGGAAGCUACAUUGGGGUGAUGGUAAAACUUACUUUACGGAUCACAUUUCGAAAUUAAUAAACUAUACGCCGCGCCACACAUCUACGUUUCCUAAGCCAGCAGAUUAGCUAAUUUGGCUUGUAAAUUUCUUAGUCUCAUCGCUUGCUUGUUAUGCUGGUUUUGAUAGUCACCAAGUUUUUUCUUGUGAACUCACCUAACGAUUUUUGUAGAAAUACAUAUGUUGUUCGUAGUUAUUUGCUUUAAUCUCUGAUGAUUUGGAAUUACGGGUUGCCUGCAUUUAUGAGACGUAAUAACAGUAACCGAUAUUUCUCGUACGUUCUAAAAACGGAAUCCAAAAUCUCUAAAACGUUCCACCACUUUUUUUUAUUGGGAUGACUUGUUUUCAGAUGUGCUGAAAGGGUCCUUUUACUAGUGUAUGAUAUAUUUUAACGUCCAACCCAAGUAGUUUAUAUGUAAUUAGCUAAUCCAUUGUCUUUUAAUUCGUUAUUUGUUGUCCCAACCAUCUGGGUCACUUCGCUAUCAUCAGUGCAUUGGAGUUUACUUUAUGUAAUUGUUUAGGUUCCUUCAAUAUCUGAAUAAGUCCGUGACUCAUUAACCAAGUAUAAGUUAUAGUAUUUAGUUUCAGAAUACUAAGAACUUAAGUCGCUAGUAGCGAGAUUUAUACCUUCAUAAACUCGUCAAUAAAUGCUAACAUCUUUUGACAGUGGUUUUUACACAAUUCCAGCCACUAAAUAGAUUUAUCCUCUCUGUGGUAAAUCAAAACCUUCAUUGCUAAAGAUUUGCACAACCUCUUGUAAUCAGACGAAAUCUGUAGUGGUUGCUCCUUCAGUACGUGCAUAUGGGGAGUUACAUUUGUGACAGACUGAUACAUAAGGUGCAGUAGUUGGUCGUUUCCACCGCUUCGUUUGCCCCGGAGAAUUUCCCGUCUUUAGUGGGUUGGUGUCUGGCGAAAUCUGAACACGAACUCAGGAGGACCACUUGCAUUCUACCAACUUUCACUACAUGUGGCCCAAGCGAAUUAACCAUCCUUCAACUAAAAGGCGAGUUUACUGCACAACACAACAGCUUCGUACUAUUUUAUGGAUAAGAGAUGUGAUUUAUCAAAGUAUGCGUUAAUUGAGGGUUUUGUAUCAUAGGUACAUUCUAAGCAUUGCUUUCGUUUCUUGAGACUACCGAAUAAACCACACCGGUGUCAUAUGACUCCGUAGACCGCGAGAUUUUGUGGCAUUGUCUGUCAUUGAAAGGCGUACCU